AUGAGCUCGCCGGUUGUCUCGAGGCUCGCUUGGGGUCUCAUCUUCACGUCAAUUGACGUGAUUUUCUGUUUAAUCUUUGCAUGUAUGCACAAUGGAUCUUUCGCAAUCUCAAAUUUCACCUCGCAGUUUUCAAAUUUCUCAGUAUUUUCAAGCACAAUUGACCUUUUUCUUCUUCAAUUUAUUCGGUUUGGACUGUGGAUGGUCCCGACUGGAAUUCACGUUGCAAACAAAGCUGAUACUUUGGUAAUGUGGAAGGAGCCUAUUUUCUGCUCGGCGCUGUUGAUUUGUGCAGCAAGUCCCACAAAAUUGCUUCUUCUUACUGAAAAUCUGAAACCAGAUGAAUUCCUUUCUUUCGGCGAUACUGCAUUUUUGAUUUGGAAUUUCGUCGCUGCUAUUAUGCUGAAUGUGUCGUGGUCCAGAUUCUUCUCACGGACCCCAUCGUCAUACAUUAUUCUCGAUGAAGAUGGCGAGUUCGAUGUUCUUCCUAAACAGACAUUCGAGCUCAUCUUCCGUUUAUUGCAAUAUUGUAAAAGAGAAUGGCUGUGGCAUAUUUCCGGAUUCUCAUGGCUCUUUAUCUAUUCAGUUACACGAAUUUUCGUGCCGUAUUACACUGGUCAAGUUAUUGCUACCGUAGUCGCCACAAAAUCUUAUCCUGCUCUGGCGAAUGCGGUUUAUAUAAUGACGUUCAUCUCAUUGGUCAGCGCUGUUGCGGCCGGCUUCCGUGGAGGAUCAUUCGAAUAUGCAUAUGCGAGAAUUCAACGAUCGAUUCGAUUCGACCUAUUCACUGGAUUGGUCAAGCAGGACGUUGCGUUCUAUGAUGCGCAUAAGACUGGCGAAAUUACUUCCCGUCUUGCCGCAGAUUGUCAAACAAUGUCCGACACAGUCGCUCUCAACGUCAAUGUAUUUUUAAGAAACACCGUGAUGCUCUUCGGAUCAAUGGGAUUCAUGAUGAAGCUCUCAUGGAGAUUGUCUCUUGUUACUUUUAUUUUGGUGCCUAUCAUUUUUGUGGCUUCAAAAAUUUUCGGAACAUAUUACGAUAUGCUUUCUGAGAAGACGCAAGACGCUGUUGCUUCAUCAAACGACGUCGCUGAAGAAGUGCUUUCAACAAUGAGAACCGUUCGUUCUUUCGCCUGCGAAAAUGUUGAAUGUGAUCGAUUCUAUGAUAAACUCACCGAUACUUUGAACGUGACAAGAACAAAAGCGAUCGCAUAUGUCGGAUUCUUAUGGGUUUCAGAUCUGUUCCAAUCGUUCAUUAUUGUUGCUGUGUUAUGGUACGGAGGUCAUUUGGUACUUACCAAUAAACUAAAAGCCGAUCUUCUUGUUUCAUUCCUCCUUUAUCAAAUGCAACUUGGUGACAAUUUACGACAAAUGGGUGAAGUGUGGACUGGAUUGAUGCAAUCAGUUGGUGCGAGUCGCAAAGUGUUCGAGUAUAUCGAUCGGGAGCCCCAGAUUCAACAUCGUGGUGAAUAUAUGCCGGAAAAUGUCGUCGGAAGAAUCGAAUUCCGCAAUGUUCAUUUCAGUUAUCCAACAAGAAGCGAUCAACCGAUUCUCAAAGAUCUUUCGUUCACUGUCGAGCCGGGAGAGACAGUUGCUCUAGUCGGACCAUCGGGAUCCGGAAAGUCUUCAUGUAUCUCACUUCUUGAAAACUUCUAUAUACCUAAUGCCGGUCAAGUUCUCGUCGACGGAGUUCCACUAGAGGACUAUGAGCAUCACUACAUUCACAGAAAGAUCGCUCUAGUCGGUCAAGAGCCUGUGCUGUUCGCCAGAUCAGUCAUGGAAAACGUUAGAUACGGAGUUGAUGUGCCAGAUACUGAAGUUGUAAGAGCUUGUGAAAUGGCGAAUGCUCAUGGGUUCAUUAUGCAAACGACACAGAAGUACGAAACAAAUGUUGGAGAAAAGGGAACCCAAAUGUCUGGAGGUCAGAAGCAACGAAUCGCGAUUGCACGAGCUUUAGUCAGAGAGCCGGCAAUUCUUUUGCUCGAUGAGGCCACUUCCGCUCUUGAUACGGAAUCUGAGCAUGUCGUUCAGGAAGCGAUCUACAAGAAUCUCGACGGCAAAAGUGUAAUUCUCAUCGCUCACCGAUUAUCGACUGUUGAGAAGGCCGAUAAGAUUGUGGUUAUCAGCAAGGGGCGCGUUGAGCAAAUUGGCACACAUGAGCAGUUACUUGCACAAAAAGAAGGCACAUACGCGAAGCUUGUACAAAGGCAGAUGAUGGGAGAUCAGAAGCCGAAGAAGAAGAAACAACAUCCUUCGGAUCAGCCAAGGCCAACUCGCUCAAUGAACGUCGGCGGACCAUCGCAAGGAAACGCAAUGUCGCUUCUUUCAACAUCAUUCAGUCAGUCCGCUAGCAGUGUUACAUCUCGUUAA